UGCAUUUCAUACACCCCACCACCGUUUUCUCUCCUUAUAUUAUUUCUGCCCUUUCCUCUCUCUUCUUCUUCCCCUCAUACCAAAUCAGAGAGAGAAAUAACAUCUUUAAUCUAUUAGAAGUAACAUGAUCGGACAGCUUAUGAACCUUAACGCGACGGAGCUCUGUCUCGGCCUCCCUGGCGGGACUAAAGCCGUCGAGAGCCCGGCCAAAUCGUCGGUGAGGAACAAGAGAGGCUUCUCCGAGACCAUGGAUCUCAUGCUCAAUCUUCAGUGCAACAAAGAAGAAACCGUCGAUCUUAACAACGCCACAGCUUCCAAAGAGAAGACUCUCCUCAAAGACCCUGCUAAGCCUCCUGCUAAAGCCCAAGUGGUGGGAUGGCCACCUGUGAGGAACUACAGGAAGAACAUGAUGACUCAGCAGAAGACAAGCGGCGAGGAGGAGGCCAGCAGCGAGAAGGCUGGAAAUGGUGGAGGAGCUGCCUUGGUGAAGGUAUCCAUGGACGGAGCUCCUUACCUAAGGAAAGUUGACCUCACGAUGUACAAAAGCUAUCAGGAUCUCUCUGAUGCUCUGGCCAAAAUGUUCAGCUCCUUCACUAUGGGAAACUAUGGAGCACAAGGAAUGAUAGAUUUCAUGAACGAGAGCAAGCUCAUGAAUCUGUUGAACAGUUCCGAAUAUGUUCCAAGCUACGAGGACAAAGAUGGCGACUGGAUGCUCGUCGGAGAUGUCCCAUGGGAAAUGUUUGUCCAGUCGUGCAAACGUUUGCGCAUCAUGAAGGGAUCCGAAGCAAUUGGACUAGCUCCGAGAGCAAUGGAGAAGUACUGCAAGAACAGAUCAUGAAUUUUAUAAUAAGAAGAAAAAAGAACCAUCAAUGUUCAACCAUAUGACGGGUUCUUGAUUUAUAUGUAUUUUAUGAUUUUUAUGUAUUUCUAUCUCCUAUAUGUGUGUAAUUUAAAUACUUGAUGCGUAUCUAGGGCAAUAGUAUUAUGUUACCAGUGAGGUGUGGAAAAAUUUGUAAUGUGACCAAAAGAGAGGAAACUUAAAUAUCUCUGUGUUCGAGUCA